CGCAGGAGUGUUUUGACAGCUCAGGCCGAGGAGAAGGAGCAGGUGUCGCGAGAGUGGGCGGCGCGCCGCCUAGUGAGCGCUGUCCUUAUGGCGAGCCUGGGAAGCGAGGCCGAGCGGGAGCCUCUCCUGGGCCCCGGCUCGCCCGGAAGCAGAGAAUGGGACGUGGUAGAGACCCAAGAGCAUUACAGGAGUAGAUGGAGAUCUGUUAGGGUUCUCUACCUCACCAUGUUCCUCAGCAGUGUGGGUUUUUCUAUUGUGAUAAUGUCAAUCUGGCCAUAUCUUCAAAAGAUUGAUCAGACAGCCGAUGCAAGUUUUUUGGGCUGGGUUAUUGCUUCAUUUAGUCUUGGCCAAAUGGUAGCUUCACCUCUAUUUGGUUUAUGGUCUAAUUAUAGGCCAAGAAAAGAACCUCUUAUCGUCUCCAUCUUUAUUUCGGUGGCAGCCAACUGCCUAUAUGCAUAUGUCCACGUGCCAGCUGCUCAUAAUAAAUACUACAUGUUGAUUGCUCGUGGAUUGGUGGGAUUUGGAGCAGGAAAUGUAGCUGUUGUUCGAUCAUACAUUGCUGGUGCUACUUCCCUUCAGGAAAGGACAAGUGCCAUGGCCAAUACAAGCACAUGCCAAGCCUUGGGCUUUAUUCUGGGUCCAGUAUUUCAGACUUGCUUUGCACUCAUUGGAGAAAAGGGUGUAACAUGGGACACCAUUAAACUGCAGAUCAACAUGUACACAGCACCAGUUUUACUUGGCGCCUUCCUGGGAAUUCUAAACAUUAUUCUGAUUCUCUUUAUAUUAAGAGAGCAUCGUGUAGAUGAUUCAGGACGGCAGUGUAAGAGCGUGAAUUUUCGAGAAGAAACUACAGAUGAAGUUCAUAAUCCUGAAGGAAGCAUUGACCAAGUUGCUGUUGUGGCUACCAAUGUUCUGUUUUUUGUGGUUUUGUUUAUCUUUGCCCUUUUUGAAACAAUCCUCACUCCAUUAACAAUGGACAUGUACGCCUGGACCCAGGAGCAGGCUGUGCUCUAUGAUGGAAUAAUUCUUGCUGUUCUUGGAGUUGAGGCAGUUAUUGUUUUCAUGGGGGUUAAAUUACUUUCCAAAAAGAUUGAUGAGCGUGCUAUUCUCCUGGGAGGACUCGUGGUUGUAUGGGUCGGCUUCUUUAUCUUGUUACCCUGGGGCAAUGAGUUUCCCAAAGUACAGUGGCAAGAUUUACACAACAGCUCGAUCCCUAAUACUACAUUUGGGGAAAUUAUUGUUGAUCUUUGGAAUUCUCCAAGAGAAGAUCACAGUGAACAGCCAACCGGGUGCCCAAUUGAACAAGCCUGGUGCCUGUACACCCCGGUGAUCCAUCUGGCCCAGUUCCUGACAGCUGCUAUGCUAGUUGGAAUAGGCUAUCCAGCUUGCAACGUCAUGUCCUAUACACUAUAUUCAAAAGUUCUAGGACCCAAACCUCAGGGUAUGUACAUGGGCUGGUUAUCUGCUUCUGGAAGUGCAGCACGGAUUCUUGGGCCUGUGUUCAUCAGCCAUGUGUACACUUACUUGGGCCCGCGGUGGGCAUUUAGCCUUGUGUGUGGAAUAGUGGUGCUCACCAUCUCACUCAUGGGAGCUGUUUACAGAAGACUUGUUGCCUUUUCUGUCAGAUACGGGAGGAUCCAGGAAUAAGCUAGCAGUCUCCAACUCAGCCUUGAGUAGCAGAACCAUGCUGAGUAACUUAACUAUGAAUGGUAAGAUGUGCAAAUCUCCUUAUCCAAAGUGAAUUAUCUUUCUUAUACCCUAUUGGAGUCCCAUGAACUCAACAGUGGAUAGAUAAUGCUCUGUAGCUGUGAAACUGCACUCAAUGUAAACUGUGGAGCUCUCUCUAAAACAAUGGACUAAUGAAGUGGAACUGGAGGAAAGUUCUGUUUUAAUCAGCCAGAGCAGAAUGAAACGUUUUGUUUUUUUUUUUUAAAAAACAAAAAUGCAAGUAUUUUAAUCUUUAAUUUUUUUUAAAAUAAAAAUGCACUAGUAUUCAGCUUCCUAAUGAAAUAAAACUGAGCCUUAAAUUCUUUUAGCUCACCCACCACCAGACAAGGCUUUAGUUUUUCUUUCCUGCCUAGGGUGAGCCCAUUAUCUCUUCUUAGUGUAAUUUGCACAUUGCACCUCUAUUUUAUUUUAGAAUCUCACUUCUAAAUUAACCUGUGAGCAAGAGUAUGCUAAUAUCUGAGGACUAAAGAGGACUAAGGGUCAAGGUGGCUUUUACUGCCUUUAAAAGGACUACAUUUUCAAGUGCUAGUAAAUUCACAUUAGAAACAUAAGACAAAUGUGUUUUUUAAUACGGUAUUAACAGCAAAUGGAUCCUUAAGAUUAUCACUAUUUUCCAAGUCCUUUAAACUCUAGUGCAGACUUUGACCUUUCAGUGUCCCAUCUCAGUAGUGAGAGGAACAGCUGUUUCCAGCCUUUCUGCAGACCCAUCAUAGCAGGAGUACUGCAGCUGGACUUUGAAUGCUGUUGACACUCCUGUCUGGUCAGGCUGUGAUUUGAGGCAGAAUGGCCAAAGGAGACUGACUAAUCAAACGGCAUAGUUUCUACUUCUGUGGGACUAGAACACUGCUGUAUGUAUGGGAAUCACUGCACACCAUGCACAAGUGUUUUCCCAUUCUGUGACCGUGAACGUGGUACUCUCCACCUCAAACUAUACAGUCUGCGGAAGCCAUCACACUAAAUGAUGGCAGCAUUUUGCUUCAGUCCAUUUCUGUUGUCAGGCCCUGGAUUUUAGUCUUUAGGGUCACUUCUGACCUUCAACUCUACCUUUGUGUUCUAUGCAAAGACAGAAGUAUUAACUCCUUUGAAUGAGAGUUCUCUCCAAGUUCCUGUGUAUCACACUAGUUUCUCACACCAAUAUUAAGGCUGAAGAUAAGAUCCUGCUUCCCUGACACAGUCAAAUGAAUGGAAGCAUAGUUCUUAUGUAAAUGUCUUCAGAGGCUACCUCUUGAUUGCUGCACUUUUCAGAAUAGGAAAAAUGCCCGGAAGUUAUACUGCCAGUUACUUAACUGUGAUGAACUAUUUGCACUAGUGACUCAGAUUUGCAGAAAUAUCUGGGGAGAAAAAUUUAAGUGUACUGAGUGAAGAAGCUUCUAUAUCAGCACACCACGUGCCCAGCAAGAACAUAACACAAGUUUCCCAACCCUAGAAUUAUAAUACUAUAAUUCAGGUAAUUAUAACCUUGCAGAAGUGACUGCACCUUCUUUUUUACUGAGGCAUGUGUUUCUUGGGAGAGCAGACCAAUGCACACCUCGCCACCAAAGAAGUGAGGGAAGUGACAGGUUUACGGAAAGAACUAGGAGGGAAAGUUAGCACACGUGAAGUCUUGAGUAGAACAAAGUGAGGGUAAAUUGAAACGCAGACAACAACUGUAAGGUAUGAAAACUGUUAGUGUGUAUUAAAGAAGGGUUCUUGAAAACCUAGCAAAAGGUGAUUUCCUUAUUUUGAAUGGAUUGUCACUUCAUAAAGCAUCUCUAGCCACUAUGCUUCUCUAUAAAACAAGCUUUUCAAGCUCAUUUCAUGUAUUAAAGUGAAAUAAACUUAUAAUUUUUAAUUUAAUGAUAAA